CCCCCUGUUGUGAAACUGAGUUUUUCUUUUCUCUUCACUCUCACACACAGCCUCCCCAGAACCUCUCAUCAAUCAAGGAUCUGCGAUCAUGUACCCUUUAGCUUCUCUCAGAAUCACAGUAGUGUGUGGCAUUCUAUUGGCUGCUGACUGGGUGAAAGAGGGAGGGGCUGAAGAAAUCUCUGAACCCAGCAACUCUGUCAACAUAACCAUACCCUCUUUACCACCUCCUGUAGUUCUCGUUCAACCUGACUUCAUUCCUGUUGGGGCAAACUACAGCGUGUAUUGCCAGGCCGCACGCCACUUCCCCAACAUGACCCUCAGCCUCUACUACCGCGAGUUACAGUCAGCCUCACCAGAGGAACUACAGCUGCUGGGCUCUCUGACUCUAGAGGGAACCGAUACUGUCAUCCGGGCAAGGCUGCCAAAGAUAGCUGCUGGGGAGAGGGUGGAGUACUCCUGCAGGAUGGAGGUCAUCUACAGUCAGCGCCUCUACAGGUCCCCCUUCUCCGCCCCUGCCACAGCCACUGCAGAGGAGGCGCCUGUGCGUCUCGUGUCCCAGUUCCAGGGCCCUGUGUGUGCAGGGAAGCUGCAGAUGUUUGCAAAGGGCUCUUGGGCCCCUGUGUGCCAAGACAGGAACCAGGGGCCGUCCGACAGGGACGCUGUGGCCCUUGUGGUGUGCAGGCAGCUGCGCUGUGGUGAUGUACACCAGGUCAACCCCACAAGCUCCUCUCCUGCCCAUCGGGGGGAAUUAUUCAUGGGUCCAGUGGAGUGCAGUGGGAAGGAGGCCAACCUCCGGGAGUGUUCCAUCAAAGGCUUGGAAAGCUCCUGCUAUAAGGGCAGGGUAUUGGAGAUUGUCUGCUCAGAUUUCCUUCCACUUCCAACACUCUCGGUCCUUGGAUAUGGUUGGGCCUCAAGUGUUUAUGUCUACGAAAAACACGAGCUUGAAAUAUCCUGCACGCUGAGUCCCCAGGGGAAAACAGAUGCUGCGUUUGAAUUGGAGGUCAGAGGUCAGACGAUCUUCACUGGCCCAGCGAUGCACCCUGGUCAGUCUGUGAGUUGGAGGCUGGACCCGCCUGUGUCUCCCGGGGAGUACAAGUGCUACGCUGUCGUCUAUGGCUUUGACUACCGCACCAAGUCCAGCGCCAGCAACAGCGUGAUCGUCACCACUGGCCCCUGGUUCCCACCAAGCCCUGGGCUCAUUGUUGGGGCUCUUAUCACAAUUCUGAUUGGAGUGGGGAUACUGGUCUAUAUGUGUGUCUGUCGCAAGCGUAAAGAGGAAUCGGAAUAAGAUUCAGCACCCCAGGAGGCACAGAUACACAUCCCUAUGACUGCACCAUGGGCCGGAGCAGAAAACUCAGGGCACAAGGCAGAGGACCCUCAAAUCAACACAGAGGACCCCUUGCCUACCCCAGGAGUGGGCACAGAGAACCCUGGAUUUUCCAUUGGGGAAGAGAACGCAUGCUGAUUUAUGGAAUUUAACAGAAACUGGGAUGUUUUUCAAGAUAGCCAUGUCACUGUAUUUCAGUCUAUCAGUGUAGUACAAUGUAAUGUUUUUGUUUGAUCGCAAUUUGUUUGUUUGGCGUUGUUUCUGACAGAUCUGUUGUAUCGCUCUUUAAAAUAUCUUGCUAUUAUGAACUAGAAAACAAACGGAAAUUCAGCCUUUAUUGCAUAGGCUCCUGAACUGCACUGUUUGGUUGCAUGGUGGGGCAGUAGUACUCACCUCCCAACAAACUGUAGUCCUACUGUAGGCUUCAGUCCUGCUGGGGACUUUCUGUGUAGAGUUUCCAUGUUCUCCCCAUGUAGGCUUCCUCCAGGCACUCCUGUUUUCUCCCACAAUCCAAAGACAAGCAGGUUAGGCUACUGUUAUGUCAUUUUAUUCCUGUAUCCAGGUGGUACAGAAUGCAGCAGCCAGACUUUUGACUAGGACAAAUAGAAGGGCCCAUAUUACGCCAGUUCUAGCGACGUUACACUGGCUUCCUAUUGAAUUUAGAGUCAAUUUAAAAAUUUUACUUAUUACUUUUAAAGCUCUGACUGGCAUUGCUCCAGAAUAUAUCAUUGACCUUUUAACAUCAUAUCAAACUUCUCGCACACUCAGAUCAUCUUCCUUGGCAUUAUUGGCUGUUCCAAAGUCCAGGCUGAAAACGAAGGGUGAUCGUGCUUUUUCGGUUGUAGCGCCCAGACUUUGGAAUAGCCUUCCUGUGGAUAUCAGAACAGCUUCCUCCGUGUCCACUUUUAAGUCCCAGCUCAAGACUCACUUUUAUAAAAUGGCUUUUAAUAUUUAAUGUUUGAUGUUUUGUGUAUUUUUAUCUCUUUUAUAUUUUAUUGUUGCUGUCUUGUCUAAUUCUUGUUUUCUUUUUGUGUGCUGUUUGUGAAGCACCUUGUGCUCUUAUGCUUGAAAGGUGCUGAUAUAAAUAAAAUUUACUUACUUACUUACUUACUUUUACCUAAAUUAAUUACCUUUUAACAAGAAAUUGGUCAAAGUGGCCUUGUAAAUGUGAUGAACAUAGGUUACACUGUCUCAAUAAAAUAACUGAAUAUCA